ACCUGAAGCAAUCAAAAUUACAACUUUCAUCUGAAAAUAUUAAUAGAGAAAAUAUUGCUUCAGGACUUACGAAAGUUCGUAUAAAAUGUAAAAAAUCAUUGAAAGAAAUAGUACAAGAUAGUGUGGAAACUCAUGGAAAGGAAGAAGUGACUAAAAUAUUUCUAGAAUUAUGUAAAUUUAAACGUUAG